AUGCGUACUAAUAUAAUUCCUCUUGUUCCUCUUGCUGUAUUCUUCCCUUCCUUAUGGGGGGAAUUAGCAAUAUGUAUGGAUACAGGUAACGAAGUAGUAGGUGGUGCUGCAGAUAUAGAUACAGCAGCAGGAGCAGCAGGAGCAGCAGGAGCAGCAGCAGAUGAUGAACAAGAACAUCUAUUACCCUCUGAUUUCCCUAUUAAACAUAUUUAUAAUGAGUAUGAUGAUUCCUUACAAUUAUCACGUACAUAUAACACAGAACAACAACAACUUAUACGUAAUAAACAAAUAGGUAUUGCUGCUCUUCUUGGUACUAUUCUUCUAUUAAUUUUAUUAUUUAAAGGAAAAAGACAACCGGCACUAGCAGAACCAACAGAAAAAGAAGAUGAUAUUUCUUCUGCAGAAACACAAGAAGAAGAAUUCAAGACAGCAACAACAACAAUAAAAGAAGAAAAAGAAGAAAAAGAAAAGGAAGAAAAGAAAGAAACAAGACAAGAAAAAGUUUCUGUAGCUGAUGAGGACUUUAUAGUACUAGGAGGAGAAGAACCAAUAACAGCAACAACAGCAGCACCAACAGAAACAGCAGCAGCAGCAGCAGCAGCAGCAGAAACAGAAACAGUAGAGAAUCCCGUUGGAGAAGAAGAACCCAUUAAGGAGGAAGAACCUAUAACUAGAGAAGAAGAAGAAAAAGAAGAAGAAAAAGAAGAAGAAAAAGAAGAAAAAAAAGAAAAAGGUAGUGAGGAAUUAAUGUUCGGCAGUACAAGGAGUGAUGAAGGCAUGGAGGGCGCUCCUAUGGGGGAGGAUGACGUAUUUAUACCCAGCAUCAUCAGCAGCAGCAGCAGCAGCCCUGUACCUACAAGGCGCAGCAGCAGCAGCACCAAUGUGCCUAUUAUGGAGACUAUAAAGGAAGAAGAAAGUAGUGGUGAGGAAGGAGAAGAAAAAGAAGAAGAAAAAGAAGAAAUAAAGGAAAAAGAAAAGGAGGAAGAAAAGGAAGAGGAAAAAGAAGAAGAAGGAGAGAAAGGUGAAGAAGAAAAGGAAGAAGCAUCAACAACAGAAGGAGAAGAAGAAGCAGCAGCAACAGAUGAGGAAGAAAAAGAGAAGAAGGAGGAAGAAGGCACCAGCAGCGAAUUGGUACCUGCAGCAGCACAAGGACCAAAGGUAGAGGUACAUGAGGCAGUAAAGGAGAUCCCUUUCCUUCAUCCUGCUCCUUUCCCUGAGCUUUCGAAGCCAACCCCGGAGAGCACCAAGAUGUUGGUUUCAGCACUUGAAUUCGUGAAGCAGCAAGCUGCAGGAAUUGGCAGUCUGCUGGGUAUGUUCUUCCCCGUCCCCGGCCCCACCGACCUCCCAAUGCUGGAGGAUGAGAAUGACGAGGAGAGCUUUGACUAA